AUGGCGGACGGAGCAAGUGAUGUAGCUGUUCCGAGAUUUUCGUCAGAACUGAGAUCAAUGCGUUGUGAACAGUGUCUCUUGAAUAAAACUGAUGGAUCAGCAAGCUUUUCACAAGGUACGGUUGCAUUUUUUGUGCGGUUAAGUUUCAGGAGCAUUCCACUUCGUGUUUUAUGACUAGACUACUGAACUUUAAUCUUGUUAAGAAAUAUAAAAGCCAACACAUGUAGAAUGUGCCAUAUUUAUACCAGCCAACUCUCCGCCUGCGUGACUCUCACGCCUGCGGGUUGAAAACUUCGAUCUCACGCCGGCUCACGCUUGCAGGCCAUUUUCUCACGCCUGAUUGAAAAAUGUGAGUUGUUGCUGUCUUGUUUGACACAAUUUCCAAAAAAAAGUUAACUCAGACCCAUGUAAGGAACGAAAACCAUGUGUAAAAUGAAUAAAUGACAAUACCUUCCUCGCGAUCACUGAUUUUGUGGAUAAGCGUUUUCUCGAUAACUUCGCCUUUGGCAGACUUCGGACCUCUUCAGAAGACUUCGGACGUCUUCGAAAGACUUCGAACUUCUUCGGAAGACUUCGGACUUCUUCGGGAAUCUUCGGAAAUGAUUGUGUCGUCUUCAAAAAUCCCAGCAAUCCCAGGAUAAAAAUCUCACGCUUAUAUCUCAGAAAAAGUUGGCAGGUAUACAUAUUUGUUAUUGUUAUGCUGGGUAUCAUACUUUCUAGGAAAAACUGAAGUAAUUGCAGCAGCAUACGGACCAGCAGAAGUUAGAUCAAGCAAAGAGCUCAUAGAUAAGGCUACUCUAGAAGUUGUAUUUAGACCAAAAAUUGGUGUGCCUGGUAAGCAUGAAAUUCAGAUUAUAAAUAAUAAUUUACAAUUUUUUUAAAAGGUUGAAAAAUCAUAGGAAAAAUACCUCUUUGUUUUCCUGUUACUGCAAGAGAAAUUAUACCGUACUCAGCUCUACUAUCAUCUGGGCGAGUGGUUUCUUUAUGUAGCACUAUUUGCUGUUAUUACACUAUUUUGCACUAUUACACCGCUUUGGCUAGUUCCCAGUUCCUCCACCCUCAUGUUUCAGUAUCCGUUGGUCUUUGCUGGGGGGCUUCUAUGGGUCCUAUUCACCUCUGGGACUCCUGCAGGCCUUCUCUCAAGACCAUUAUUACAGCACCAGCAGUGACAUUUGUCUCACCGUCAAUGCUUCUGAUUUCUGUAACAAUAUUUUUAGUUUUUUUUUUCUUUUUACCUGGGGGUGGGGGCGGGGGAUGCAAGUUGUUAGCCCUACUCCCAUCUUCCACGAAGACCAGGGGGUCACUCUUUGUUUAGUCUGAGCUCUACCCUUCAACCUUUUUGGCACUGGUGGCCCUACCAGGAAUACAAGACUCCAGCCGACUUAGCUCUAGGGUUCAUUGAGACACUCAAACUAGCCUAUCAGGUAAAGGUGGUGACCCCUUUGUGAGCAGUCCACUCUACUUUGCUGUGCUCUAAUUCAACUCAACUAAACUAGAUCCAACUCCACUGUACUUAACUCAUUUCUCCUUGAUUCUACUGUCAUUAUCUCAUCUAUACUUUACUCUACCUUGUUUAUGCUUCUCUGCACUCCUUUCUAACUUAACUCUCCUCUACUCAACUGCACUCUAACGGUUCAAAUCCAUUGUUUUACAGACUUUCUGCAUUCAACCAACUGCAUCUAUACUUUAUUACAAUGUACCGCACAUCAUCUUAUUGUUCUAUGCUGUUCUUCCCCUACUUUUUUCUGCCUACUGCCUGCUACCAAACAACUCUAUUUUGGAUUCUUUUUUUUUUCAAGGUUGCGCUGAAAAAUUAAUUGAGCGAGUUAUCCGUAACAGUUGUGAGCCUGUGGUUCUGACAACUAGACAUCCUAGGUCUUCACUUGCAGUUGUGGUACAGAUUGUGCAGGACUUUGGAUCAGUAUCCUUUAAACUUCAUCAUCAUUGACAGUCACAGAAAAAUAUGAUUUAGCUAAAAGUCUUAGUUUUUUCCUCUACUUGUCUGAUAGGGAUGUACAGAAGGACAAAAAAGCUAAAUUUGUUUUCAUCAAAACAACUAAAAGAACUACAAAUCAGCCUCUGAUUGUUAGGUUGACUCAUUUUCUUUAUUAUUUUUCUUGGUACAUUUACUUUUCCCUACCUUGAAUAGCAUUGUUAGCUGGUUUGUGAAUAAAGCUUUUUUUGUUGUUAAGGGAAAACUGACUAUAGCAAGGAGUAUUAGUAUUUAAAAAUCAGCUUAUCAUGUUUUUAAAUCUCCUGAGUUAUAACCAAUGGGUCUUGAAAGUGUUGACUUAACAAACCAGAAUCAAGUAAUAGCUACUACUUGGAAAGUUAGGUUGAAGAAAAUAUCAACUUUUGUGAAGCUUUAUAAGGAUGGAAUAUCAGCUGAACCCUCUAGGGCUGGUUAUAAAACAGAGUUUAGCCAGUGUUUAACAAAACUGUGUUUUAAGUCAUUCACAGUUUGGUCAACGCUUUUAUCUAAACGCCAGUUAUUGUGAAUAGUCUCAUGGAAGCAACAGGGUAGACUGGAGAAACAUUUACCUUCUUAAAAUAACCCACUCAGAAAGAGUCCAAUGUUUUUCUUAAAUAGUUAGACUUUGUUUAAAAACUACCCCUUAGCGUUUGGCUUUUAGGGGUGGCGAAUGGUAAAAUCUGAGACUCGCCGAGACGCCGAGAUCCUAGUUAGAAAUCCGAGCCUGAGACUCUUUGGUGAAAAGUUGCGAGACUCAAAAAAAGUAAAAGCAAACCAUGAAAAAACGAGACUUCGAGACUUAUCAAAAAUGCUUCCGAGAUUUUGAGAUCCUGCCAAAAUUUUCCAAGACCCACGUUUUUCGAGGUACCAUUCGCCACCCCUGCUAUUUCAAUAAGUUUUAGUCUUAACACUCUGAAAGUAUACAUGCUGGCUUUCCUUAAUGGUCAAGUUACUUUCCUGUGCUAUAAAUGCUGCUUGUAUGGCUAUGGUAGAUGCUGGAUUUCCAAUGAAGUGUCUAGUUUGUGCAGUGACAUGUACCAUGAAUGAAUCUGGUGAAAUACAGUUAGAUCCUACCUCAGAACAAGAAAAGGUGAGAACGUUAGGCAGAGAAUUUACACUGAGCAUUACAUAACUGACACUUAAAAGUAUGCAAAAUUAAUACACUUUGUAAAGAACACUAAUGUAUGUUAAGAGCCCUUCUCGGUUAUCAUCUCCUAGUUUAAAAGCCUGCCUUAUAUAAGCUGAUACCUUACGGGUGAGGACAAAACAUGGACCCAGUGUCCAUGGACCCCCCAUUUUGAACCGGGUCCAUAUGAAGCACUUAUAUGGACCAGGUCCGUCAGGUCUGUGGACCCACUGUAAUGGACCAGGUCCAUAUAGACACUUCUUAAACAAUAAACAUUACGGCCAGCUACAACCUACAGAAAUAGCACAGAAAUAAGGUUUGAAGGUAUCGAUUACUGAUAUCUAUAUAUGACUAGCCAACCUACACCUUGUUGUGUACAGUUUGGCACUAUUGUUUGAUGCUGUAUAUUUUGGUAAAUGUGUAAUGUUUAUAGUUCAUUUUAAGGGUUGGGAGACCAAAAAGAAAGUGUCCAUAGCCAGUCCAAAAUAGGGGUGGGGGGAAGGGGAAGGGGUUCUGUGGACCCAGGUCCAUGUUUUUUCACACCUGACACCUCCUGUGAUGCAUGUAACACUGGCCAUCCCCUGGGGGGACCCAGGGUUAAUGCAACCUUGCAUGGGGACUUUGACUUACCGUGUGGGAUUUGAUGGAUUAUUUUACCCUAAAAGGUAUGGGGAGGGCGUGGAGAAUGAAGACUUCUAUACCUCACAGAGGCAUUCACCUGUGCAUUAAUUUCAUACAUAAUUCACUGGGCAAAGGUACAUUUACUAGAUAGGCAUAUUUUCUCUGAGGUGCCAGUGUUAGGCAUGGAUCUCCACGAGACAAGGUUUUCCCUGAAAAUUCUAGUAGCAGGAGAAAGGUUUAAUGCUACAGGAGAAUAUUUUAUAAGGGGUUCCACAUCUAAAAAAAAACGAGUCAUAGGCCACCAAACAUUAGCCGAGGAAUUCUGCAUAGUAAGUGGAGAAUUCUCUGAUCUCCAAGGCCUAAUGAACACCCUGAUUCUAAUUUAUUUCUGCAGAAAGCAUCGGCUGUUGCAACAUUUGCGUUUGAUAGUAUUAACAAAAAUGUGAUGACAUCAUCAACAACAGGAAGUUUCACACUGCAUGAGGUAAAAACACAUCACUAUAAUUUAUGACUUAUUUCCCGAUGUCAGAUGAUGUUUUAAGAUAUUACUAUCAUACUAUCAAUGCUUUAAUUAGGGCCCAUGGUGCUCAUUACAUCAGUUUCUGAGUCAGAAAAGGUUGCAAUAAUGUGAAGGAGAGUGCUUUAUUGAAGGAGGGCCCUUGUUUUAUAUUUAAAAUUUAGACCUCUCCAGUAUACAUGCUGUAACAGUAAACUACUAACAGAUUGUAUCUGUAAUGGAAAACCACCUCAAAGUCUUGGGGCAUGUUUCUCCAAAGUCCUGAUAAUUAACGCAUCUGGAAAGCUGUUGUUGUUUACAUUCAAGAUCAAGGUUUCAAUAGUUUUGCAGAUAACAUGAAAAGACUAUCAGUUAACCCAUUCGCUCCUGGAGAUUUUGCCGAAAAACGCAUUUUGAAGCUAGUCGAGUGGUUUUCUGGUCACUGUCGUGCUAUAAAGAGCUAAAACUUACCACAAACCGGUUUACAGGUUGUACACUUGAUGGCCUUCUGAUCCAGAUGCAAAAUAUCAGCUUGCGAAGUUCGGGCAUGCGCAGAAAGCAAAAUUUUGACAUAGUUUUUGGGUUUAAAAGUGACACAGCAGUCUUGACUUUUACUUUUCCCUUUCUCUCCUCCCCUCUUUUUUCGCUUUUCUUGCCUCAUUUUUUUUUUCUCUUGCUGGGAAUUUAGUAGGCUUCAUUUUGGUGGGAAUAGUAAAAUCCUUUCGAAAAUCCUAGAAUCCUAAUCCACUUUCCUUUCCAUCCACCCGUUACCUUGUUCUAAAAGUACCUCUAAAAGUCCAGUUACAAUGUACGUUUUUUGCCUCUUUCUCCGGUGUCCUUGACAGAAUUAUGCUCAUUCUGGUAUGGUUUGAAAGAUCUCUUCACUCUGCACAAGCUACCGGACAAAGUUGUCCUUGACCGUUAAGACUGAUGACGUCACAAAGGGUAGAAAGGACGAGGAUCUGCAUGGGCAGUUACGGGCGGUUCAGGGGUGAAUGGGUUAAUGAAAUAUUUUAGAAUGGUUCCUUAGUUGGGAUCUGCUCUCUCAUUCUUUAGAUUUUGAUUUGAAUAUAUUUGAUUUCAGGCCUGAAAAUUUGCUAUUAUUUUUCUUGGUACAUUUACUUUUCGCUAGGGGAAAGGGGCCUGUUUCUCAAAAAUCCCACUGAAGUUCUGAUAUUAAUAUCUAGCCUGUGUACAAACACCCCUCCCCUCAGAAAGGGGAGGGGGUGUCUGUACACACGCUAUUAAUAUCUUUUUAUCCUACCUCUUCACCAAAUAUAGUAUUAUUAUUAAAUAUAUUAUCAAAUGAUAUGUUAUAUUUGCGGGAGGGUUGGCGCACUUAUUUAAAGGGAACACUUAAUCAAUACUUUCAAUGAGGGUGCUAAAGAACUUAAUUUGAAGGGGACACGUAUUUCAAGGAGAGUGCAAAUUGUAGUACUGACAGUAAUUUCCAUCUUAUUUGAACAGUAUAAUCAGUGUUUAGAAGCCUGUCGGAGUGCUGCCGACAAACUGUUUGAGUUUUUUAGGUUAUCAGUGGAGAGGAAGCUAUCUAAGGUAUUCUUUUCUUGUCUGUAUUCUUAGUAUUGUAAUUUUUUUUUUUUUUUUAAAUUAUGAUCAUCCUAUGGUAAAGCUUUUUACGCAUAAAACGUCAUCACUGAGAUGAUUUUAUAACCUGGUGAAGAAAACCUAUGAUUUUGAGUGGUCAAAUAGGAUGAUUGACAGAAACAAAAGAUGUGUUCUGUUGGUUAGCAUUUUGAAUUCGGAGGUCGUUUGUUUACAAAAAUGUAGUAAUGUAGACAAUUAUGGGAAUCGAAUUUUCCCGAAUACAGUCCGAUAAACGAUAGAAAAACUUUUAAAAUUUUCACAGAAAGGUAGUUAACUUAAGGUUUUUAUUACUAGGUCAAAAUUAAAAUUCUCAGUAUAAAAAUUUAUACAAAGGCGUUGUCUUUUGCUAUGGACCGCAAGGAUGGGAUGGAUUGAAACUGGAAAGUGUUGGGCCAACAUUUUCAAGUUUUAAUACUAUGCCUGCAAAACUCUCCUAAAUGGUUUUUGCUCCAAAGAGCUUCCCCGUAUCCAUCAUACGGGAGUUAGGUCCUCUUCCCCACCCACCCAGGCCUGUAAUAUCUGCAUUGUAAAUUAGGUAUGCAUGUUUGUAUGUGUGUACAUAUUAAAGUGGAGAAUAAUCUGAGUCCAACUGCAUAGCUUAAAGAGGUGAUAUCAUGGGCAUAUUACUGUUUUAGGUCAUUUCUGUUCUGAAGCCAUUACCAAGUGCCCCUAGCCAUACACAAACUGCUCCUGUAGAGUUAUGUAGAAGAUAUCUGGGAAAUUUCAUUACCCUAAAAGAUACUUUUUUUAACACAUGAACCAAUUUCCGGAACCGUUUUAGAGCGGUAUUUUUUGAAAUGCGCGAAACUCGUUGAAAAUGAAUGCUGAAAAUUAAAUACACAAUAAGACGGAGUUUGAAACUCUUUUUUUGAUAUUUUUCUUUAACUGCCUUAAGAGAUUUCCUUAUAGGUAAAAACGGUUUUACAUCCUGAGGACCUUAAGUGAGAACAAAGUCUGCAAUGUAUAACCAAAAGUGGUGCGAAUUUCAUCGCUGUCUCUUUCGCUCGGGUAUUCCCCGGGAAUGUAGCCUCCCACGCAGGCGUUUUUAGGGGAGCUCGUUUUUCAUCCCUUCCCACAAACGGCGUUUGUAAGGAGGGAUAAAAAACAAGCUCUCCUAAAAACGCCUGCGUGGGAGGCUACCGGGAAUGCGGAUCAAGAAAAUACAAGGAAGUUGAUAGUUUUGCCCUAAAAUAAUGAAAACAGUUGAAAAAGGACACAAGGAACAGUAGGAAGUUUCAUACAGUCUCCAGUAAGCAAUGUCGAACAUGAUGCCGAUGAGGUAUCUUCUGUAUACAGCAUUUCGAUUUAAUAUACCGUAACUUACAGUCAGGUUAGUGAGAUACGUAAGGCGCAUACUAGCUAAGAGAUACAUUUGAUAUUUUUGCUCACGAUACCCGUCACCUUGGCACGCGCUUUAAAAUCGAUGGGGUAGAAGCAAUGUCACAUGGUAUUUCAGAGAGCAAAAAAAAGGUUUAAAUUUUGCGAAUUGAAGAAAUCGCGGUCGAGGUAUUUGCGGUUGAGUUUAUUCUCUCAAAAUCCUAGAACAAAACGCUAGGACAAUAAUUUAGACUAACAAAAUGUACAGGUCGAGUUUGGACAAGUUUCACGUCAUUAUUGCUUGGUGUGAGGACAUCUACGAUCGCAGUGGCGGAUCCAGACUUUCAGAUAAGGGGGGGGGGGGCCAUCGAGACCGGGAGAUAAGGGGGGGGGGGGCGGGGUUCAAAAAAAAGUUUUUCCGGCCCUUCGGGCCUCAUUUUGGUCUAAAAAUAAGGGGGGAGGCGGGCUCCUCCCCUGGAUCCACCACUGGAUCGCUACCUCUCUCCUCCGCGGAGGCCUCUUUUUGUUGUGUCACGCGCUUUCUAUUUUUCGAUUAUUGCUAUUUUUUAUUGGGAUACUCAGCGGAAGCCUCUGCAGAGGUGAGAGGAUUGCAACUGAAUUAGAAAAAUGAGAACGAUCAUUUCCACCCAUAAUUUCCCAUUAUCGUUUUUAAGAUAAAACGUCCUUCAUUUUCUGUUGUCAAGAAAUAAACAAACACGACCAAGAUUUGUUUGCUCACCUGUGAAACCACGCGAUAUUGCUUUUAUCCCAUCAGUCCUCAAGCGCGUGCAAAGAUGGCGGGUACCGUGAAUAAGGUCUACCUUAGAGCGAAUUUCGUAUGACCUUGAAAAAUGGUUUCGGUAUAGUGUUCGUUAUUUUUUCUAUCAGCCAAUGGAUGAAAAGAUCAAAACAUGGACUCUUCGUUCCCGCCAAAGAAAAUAUGGAGAAGGCAUUGUUCGAUUGGCCAAUCGUGUUGCAGUAUGAUGUCACGGCGAAGUAUCGAUUCAUUUCUAGAAAGUUCUCAGGCAUGAAGUUUUUUCACCCGAACGUUCGCUUAACCAACCAAAAGCCACGCGCGUUUGUCAGCUCCUUUCGAUAAACCAAUCAAAUCGCUCUAUUUCCGUUCAUUUGUUAUGUCUGUUUUGUUCGUGCGUUUUUAUUUCAAGGUCUUACAAUAAUCGCUCUGUGAAAGUGUGUCGAUAAUACAAUCAACUUAAGUCUGUUACUUUGUUAAAUUUGAAAUUAACUAUAACAACGGUUCCUUAAUAUUAUUUUUUAAAACAGGACGCGAAGUUCAUGGAUCUGAACAUCGCUUGA